ACUUGAGGUGACAUCAUGGUGACACCACAACAGAGGUUGGGGCCCAUCCCUGAAAGUUUUUGUGUUUGGGGCCUUACUAUGAAGGAAGUGGUCCAGACUGGUUUUAUUCUUUCACACACUGUGUGGUUGGAUAACAGGCAGAUUCACCAAGGAUUUUCAAGAAUGGAACAUGGAAACCAAGGGAGAGCCCAGAGAACCACAGAAGAAACAAAUAACAGCAAGGAAGAACAACCCUCUGACCAUGCAGUAUCAUCACAGGAGAUAUCACCAUUCCCACAAAUUAUUGGCAUGAGGACACCACCUGGGAGUAUGGAGAGAGAGUCCCCAUCACACGGAGAAAACAAAUGUCCUCCUUUCUCUUUGGAGGUUGGACUGUUGGAGACUGGACCACACAGUGAUAUAGAGAUAGGGAGUGGAGACAACAUGAAAGGAAGCUCAAGUCAAGAACCAAAUCUUCAGCUACCUGUAUCUAACUUAAAAACUCAUGGUCUCAAAGAAGAACCAAGUAACAGCAAAGAGGAAAAAAUCUCUGCCCAAAUAGUGUCACACUUGGAGAUGUCACUGUUUGUGCCAAUGAAAGCAAUUAUUGGGAAGGUGACAUCACGAGGGAGUGUGAGGGUUCCCCCAUCCCCCAAAUGUGCGCCUUUUCCUGUGAAUCCUGGAUGUUCUUCUGGGCCACAGAGUGACACGGAAAAAGGGAGUGGUGAUACUCUUCAGAAUACAGCAAGCUUCCUUGACAAUACAAUAAAAGGCAAAGAAAGUAAAAACAUCAAGGAGGAAAAAAAGACCCUCAAAAAAUCGGUGAUAUUGAAUGUUGCCCCAGUGACUGGAAUGGAAUCUAAGAAGAAAAUUAAGACUUGUGCCACCCAAACAGAAGAAACAUUUACACUACUAGUUUCUCAUAAAGCAGUACAGAUCCCUGAAGAGUCAAGUAAGAAAGCCCAAGACCCAAGAAGUGAAUUACAAAGCCCAGAUAUCUUUCCAUCUUCUUCAAACAUAAGUGGUCUCAUAGAGAAGGAAAAAGAGUAUAAGAGAAGACAGGAAGAGAAAAAACAAGUUAAACAAGAAAAAAAGAAAUUUGAAAAAAUGGAAAAAAACAAGGAAAAGGAGAAUGGAAAGAAACAGAAUGAAGAAAGUGUGAAGAAAGUAAGAGAGGAAAAAGAAGAGAAAGCAAAGAAUGAGAGAGUAAUAGAAGAGAAAGAUAUGAGACGGAAUGAAAAGCAUAAAAAGGAAAAAGAAGAGAAAGAAAAAAAAGAAAGAAUGAAGGAGAAGAAAGAGAGCUUAAAGAAAGAAAAACACAAAGAAGAGAAAGAAGAGAGGAAGACAGCAAAAGGUAAAGGUGAAAAAGAAGAGGAAUAUGUUGAGAACUCAGAGGAGGAAAGAGAAGACAAAAGGAAGGAGAUUGAAGCAGAGAGACUGGCUUUGCAAAAGCGACUCCAGUUGAAGGGAAGAAUGAAAGGGAUGAAGAACAGUGAGGUGUGGUGGCCCAAGGAGAAAAAACUGAUUGGGAAGAUAGCAAUUCAGAACUUUAUACAACUCUUGCCAAGUUCCUCUACUAUACUCAAGAGCCCAGACAUAGAAGACCAUGUGAACAGGCCAAAGAAGAGACACAUGGACCUUCAGGAACAUCUGGACCAAAAAUUUGUGGGGCAGAAGGGGAAAACAAAUAGAAAGGAAAGAAAAUGCAAGGGAAGAGGUAAUGUCAGCAAUUCAGAAGAGGAAGACCAAGCUGAGAAGAACAAAAUUAAAAGAAUAGACAAGAAACAGAAACUAGAGACUGUCAAAGUUCUAAGAAGGAGAAGCAUAUGGUUCCAAAAGAUGACACUUGGAGAUCUGCACCCACUGUAUACACCACGCCCCUGCAGAAUCUAUCUGCUCACACUUGAAGGCACCCACACAGAGACAACCACCAUCAUCAAUGGAGAUAGACAGUAUGGUCUUGAUCCAGAGGAGAGAGAAGAAGUCACUCUUGAAGAAAGACUGAUGACACAGCUUGUGCAAAAGGGCAAGAAAACAAUACAGGAGACACUCCCAAAGGUAAAAGAAAUGGCUAUGAGUGUUCCCAAUCGUUUCCAUGGAUGUUGGCUGAUCUGUCAAGAAGAAAAGAACCUAAAUACAUUCAGAAAGCUACAGGCCACAUAUCAACAGCAGCUCCUAAAGCAGAGAGAACUGACACCCACCUGGGAGAGCACUGACCUUAAGUUUUGGAAAGAGUCAGCCAAGUCAACAGCCUUAGUUUCAAGUGAGGAGGUCACUAAAACAGCAAGUGAAGAGCUUCCUUCUACUGAAAAGAAGAAGAGGAGUUUGUCAGCACAUGAUUUGGUGAGAUUUGGUUCCAGGACCCUAGUGGGGGCCAAAAUUGCAAGGGAGGAGGACAUGGGAACAGUUCAAGCCAAGAAGGAGAAAGAGAAUAAAGCUAUAAUUCUAACACACAACUUGGUGAGAUUCAGCUCAAGGACAAUAGUAGGGGCAAUAAAAGCAUCCAAUGUCACUGAAUGGGAACAGGUGGCUGGAACUCAAGAUGAGAAGAAGGGCCUUCAAGUUAGCAUAAAACAUACUCCUGAAUCUCAGUGUCUCCAGUUUACCCUGAGAAGCCAGCAACCUGCCAUAAUCUGGGACCCUUGGUCACUGAAGAGCCAUGGUCAGUAUGGUGCCUUCAGCAUUCCUGGAGCCCACAGGCAUUUCUGUCCCUGUUGCUGUGACCAUGGCAUGAGCAUGGCUCCUGGAUCAUUCCUAAGCUGGCCCAAAAGAAGCUGCUGACUUUUUCAGGAUCUCCAAAGCCUUUGAUGAUGCUCCCAGAGGAAGUGAGAGCUGUUCCUGCCAACUAUAAAACUCAUCAACUCAACUUACCUUGAAAGAAUAAUGUUGUCGUGUCAUAGUUACUAUUACAUUUUAAAUAUGA